AUGUCGAACCCGGUGGUCUAUUUCGACAUUGAGGCCGACGGCCAGCCCCUGGGCCGCAUUGAGAUGCUGCUGCGUGCGGAUGUGGUGCCCAAGACUGCGGAGAACUUCCGGGCCCUGUGCACUGGCGAGAAGGGCGUGGGUCGCUCGGGCAAGCCCCUGCACUUCAAGGGCUCCACCUUCCACCGCGUGAUCAACGACUUCAUGUGCCAGGGUGGUGACUUCACCGCCGGCAACGGCACCGGCGGCGAGUCAAUCUAUGGGUCAAAGUUCGCGGACGAGAACUUCACGCUCAAGCACACCGGUCCCGGCGUCCUGUCCAUGGCGAAUGCCGGCCCCAACACAAACGGCUCUCAGUUCUUCCUGUGCACUGUCAAGACCGGGUGGCUGGACGGGAAGCACGUCGUGUUUGGCAACGUCAGGGACGACGCCAGCCUGGCGGUGGUGCGCAAGAUCGAGGCCUACGGCAGCUCGUCCGGCCGCACCUCCAAGCGCAUCGUCAUCGCCGACUGCGGCCAGCUGUCGUAG